ACUCAAGAUGGCGCCGCGCUCUGAGGCCUCACCGGAACCGCCAACAUGGCCACGCCCAUCGCGGCGUCAGUGACGUCAUUCUCGUUCCGGCUCGGGCCGGAAGUGGCGCGGCCAUGGCGGCGCGGAGCUCCCGGGGCUGAUGCCACCAUGGCCACCAGCCGCUCGGAGGACGAGGAGUCCCUGGCGGGGCCCAAGCGGGGCCCGGCCACGCCCGCGGGGACUGUCCCCAAACGGCGCAGCUCCUCCAGGUUCAUCAAGCGGCGGAAGUUCGAUGACGAGCUGGUCGAGAGCAGCCUGGCCAAGGCCCCAGUCAAUCCCAGUCAAUCCCAGUCAAUCCCAGUCCAUCCCCAGUCAAUCCCAGUCAAUCCCAGUCCAUUCCCAGUCCCUCCCAGUCAAUCCCAGUUUGUUUCAGGUUCAUCAAGCGGCGGAAGUUCGAUGACGAGCUGGUCGAGAGCAGCCUGGCCAAGCCCUCGCGGGCCAAGGGGGGCCCCGAGCCCCCCCCCAGGCCCGGGGGGGCGGGGCCAGCGGGGGGGGGCGGGGCGGCCGGCGAGCCCUGCCCCGGGGACAGGAAAAAGGUGUCGCGGGCCGUGCCCCCCCCGGCGCCCCCCCGGGCCCGGCCCCCCCCCGGCGCUGCCCAAGCGCCUCAAGAAGAGCAAACCCAGCCCCGCCCCCCGCGACCUGGGCAGGUGGAAACCCGCCGACGACCUGCUGCUCAUCAACGCCGUGCUGCAGACCAACGACCUGACCUCGGUGCACCUGGGGGUGAAGUUCAGCUGCCGCUUCACGCUGCGCGAGAUCCAGGAGCGCUGGUACUCGCUGCUCUACGACCCCGUCAUCUGCAAGCACUCGUGCCAGGCCAUGCGCCAGCUGCACCCCGAGGCCGUGGCCGCCAUCCAGAGCAAGGUCCUGUUCAGCAAGGCCGAGGAGCAGCUGCUGACCCGCGUGCCAUCGAGCCCUGUCCCCUCGCUGGACACCUUCCAGGAGCUGCUGCAGCGCCACCCGGCCGUGUUUUACCCUGCCAGGACCCCCAAGGCCCUGCAGCUGCACUGGCAGCUCCUGCGCCAGUACCACCUGCUGCAGGACCAGACAGUGCAGCCCCUCCCCAAGGGGGGUUUGGGGUGCAGCCCCUCCCCAAGGGGGAUCAGGUGCUGA